ACUCCCUACCUCUUCACUCACUUCUCAAAACUGACUGAGACUCCAUGAUGUUCAGCUUCAACCCCACAGACACCCCAAACCAGAACACCACCACUACCGCCGCCACCAACCCCCUUAAGCACCUCUUCGACACCAUCUUCUCCUACAACGGCAAUGUCAUGCUCGCUGCCUUGGUCUCCCUCCUCCUCGUCAUUCUCUUCGUCCUCCUCCUCCACGUCUACGCCAAAUGGUUCUUAGCUCAAGCCAACAACCGCCGCCGCGGCUCCAUGGCCGUCUCCCGCCGCGUCCUCGGCCCCAACCGCUUCCAGCAUUUCCACACCUUCACCUUCGACCCCAUCACCAACGACCUCACCACCAAUACUCCCAAGGGUCUUGACACCUCCACGAUCGCCACCAUUCCUCUGUUUGUGUACAAUUCUCAAGAGGAGCAUUUCCACCAGCAAAUCGAGUGUGUCAUUUGCCUUGCCCCAUUUGAGGACGACGAAGUUGGCCGGAGCUUGCCCAAAUGCGGCCACUGCUUUCACGUCGAGUGCAUCGACAUGUGGCUGCACUCGCACACCAGCUGUCCGAUUUGCCGGGCUCCGGUAGUCUCACUGUCACAGUCUGAUCAGCCCAAACCCGAGUGGUCGGGUCAGGAGUCUUCACCGGAAGCAGUAGUUAUUGAAGUUUCCGAUUCUGGGUAUGUUGAGAAUCAUCAUCAUCAUCAUCACGACGUUGUUGAAGAAACUAGUACUAAUUCUGUAGCAGAUGAAUCUUCAUCUUCACCAUUGAUGGUGGGUUGUUCGUUGAAGAGGAUGCUUAGCAGAAAUAGACAAGAAAUCAAGGUGUUCCCAUCUACAAAUGGGAAUGAUGCGAGUGUUUGAAUCUGUAAACC